CGUGACAAUGGUGAUCUUGAACACUGUCAUCAUCACUGUGCUCUGGACUCUGUGUGCAUCUGAGCCACAUGAAGUCCAGCAGCUUGAAAGUUUCAAAACUGCAAAGCUUGGAGAAGACGUGCUAAUGAAAUGUUCAACCAGAAGUGUUUGGAGCGGUAGAGCGUGGUACAAACUGAACACCAACAGGAGUCUACAACUGAUCACAUCCACCAUAAAACUUGUUGAGACAAAAGUUGUAAAUCGUUAUUCAGUUCAAACUUCUCCUGAUGAAACCACUUUGACCAUACAGAAUAUGAAAAUGGAGGAUGUUGGCACGUACUACUGUGGAAUACUCCGAUCAUUUAAUAUUAGCUUUGGAUCAGGCACUGUUCUGAAGUUUGAAGGAGAGUCAAAGCUCAUGCAGUCUGUGCUCCAGAGUCCAGCCUAUAUCAGAGUGCAGCCAGGAGACUCUGUGACUCUCAGCUGUUCAUUUAACACCAGCCUCUGCUCUAAAGAUCACAUCAGUGUCACCUGGAUUAAAGGUUCUGCUUCUGAAACGAUUUCCUGGAACAAUAUCAAUGAGGUUGUGUGUGACAUACACUCAAACACUGAAGAAACUUCAUGUGUUCAUAACAUGAGAUUGGCCAACAUCACAUCUACAGCAGAUGGGAUCUACCUCUGUGUGGUGACUGUCUGUGGACACAUGCAGACGGGGACAGGGACCAGGAUGCAUGCAGUGAUGUCUCUGAGUUUGGCCUUCGCUCGACUGUCAUCAUCUUGA